GCACUGACCUAUAAUGAUGUGCAUUUCAACAUCACUCAUGAAGAAUGGGCAUUGAUGGAUCCUUCACAGAAGAAGCUCUACAAAGAUGUGAUGGUGGAGACCUAUAUGAACCUCACAGCUAUAGGCAUGAAAGAAGUCAUACUACAGAGAAAUCACAUGAAUAUACUGAGAGUGGUAAAGCCUUUGCAAGUAGUCUUCCUCAAAGGCAUGAAAAAAAACAUACUGGAGAGAAAUCCUAUGAAUAUAAUCAAUGUGGUAAAACAUUUACACAACACAGUCAUCUUCAAAGGCAUGAAAGAACACAUACUGGAGAGAAACCCUAUGAAUGUAAACAAUGUGAUUAAGCAUGUCACUGGCAUUCCUUCCAACCCCCAGGGCCAGGGCAUCAUUGAACGUGCUCAUCAGACUCUAAAAUCCAUGCUUCACAAACUAAAGAGGAGAAGCCUAUAUGAUCCUCGACGCAACCCCCAAAUUUUUUACAUCAUUCCCUUUUUGUCCUUAAUUUCCUUACCUUGGAUAAGAAUGAAAGGUCUGCAGUGGAUUGCUUUUGGCAUCCACAAACUCAAAGCCACCAAGAACUGGUUAUGUGGCAAGACCCCUUAA